AGAAGACGACAAAGAUGCGUAUACUCUUGAUCAUGUCUUGUUUUGUAUUCAUCAUUGAGUUCAUGACUUCCUGAUCCACUUGUACAACUCUAUCCUCAGUUGCAGAUCAGUUCUUGAUCUCUCGAGAAGUAUCCAAACAUGGGCAGCAGAGAAAACAUAGAAGCAGGAGAGUUAUCAAGUCCUCUGCUUGAUGUCGCCGGCGGACGGAACAGCGGCGGCGAUGACAGUGGUGGAAGUAGUAGAAGUAAGCAAAGUGGAGGUGGCAGUGAAAAUCCUUCAGCCACGAGUAUGGUUGUGCUCAGCACCUUGGUUGCCGUAUCCGGUUCCUUUGUUUUUGGGUCUGCUGUGGGAUAUUCUUCACCUGCUCGGUCAGGAAUCAUGUAUGAUUUGGAUCUCUCUGUAGCUGAGUACUCGGUUUUUGGUUCAAUAUUGACUAUUGGAGCGAUGAUAGGGGCAGUAGUGAGUGGGAGAAUGGCAGAUUACAUAGGUAGAAGAGGUACUAUGGGAUUUUCACAGCUAUUCUGCAUAUUUGGAUGGCUAGCUAUAGCUCUUUCUAAGGUUGCUUGGUGGGCUGAUCUUGGAAGACUAUUGGUAGGAUGUGGAAUGGGGCUUUUAUCUUAUGUGGUGCCUAUAUACAUAGCAGAGAUAACACCCAAGGAUCUGCGAGGAGCAUUUACAACAGUUCAUCAGUUGAUGAUAUGUUGUGGUGUCUCACUAACAUAUCUCAUUGGAGCUUUUGUGAACUGGCGAGCUUUGGCACUUGUUGGAAUUAUUCCUUGUGCUGUGCAAGUUUUAGGUCUCUUCUUUAUUCCAGAGUCUCCUAGAUGGCUGGCAAAAAUUGGUCAGGAGAAAGAGAGUGAAGCUGCCCUCCAGCACCUUAGGGGCAAGAUUGCUGAUACUUCUGGAGAAGCAGCUGAGAUAAGAGAUUAUACAGAAAGUUUAAAGCAUUUCUCAGAAGCAAGCAUUCUUGACUUAUGUCAGAGAAGAUAUGCUCGUUCCCUCCUUGUUGGAGUUGGACUGAUGGUACUGCAACAGUUUGGAGGGGUUAAUGGCAUUGCUUUCUAUGCAAGUACCAUAUUCAUUUCAGCUGGGUUUUCAGAUAGUAUAGGGACUAUAGCUAUGGUUGUUGUUCAGAUUCCAAUGACAGCUACGGGCGUUAUGUUGAUGGACAAAGCAGGUAGACGUCCACUUCUUCUGGUAUCUUCAGCAGGAACAUGCUUAGGUUGCUCCUUUGUGGGAUUGUCAUUCUUAUUGCAGGACCUUCAAGGAUGGACUCAGGUCUCUCCCAUUUUCGCUCUUGUUGGCGUACUGGUAUAUACAGGAUCAUUCUCAUUAGGCAUGGGAGGAAUUCCUUGGGUAAUAAUGUCAGAGAUAUUUCCUAUAAACAUGAAAGGCUCAGCUGGAAGCCUGGUGACAUUGGUCAGCUGGUUAGGUUCAUGGAUUAUAUCAUAUGCAUUUAAUUUCCUAAUGGAUUGGAAUUCAGCAGGGACAUUCUUCAUGUUUUCGAGCAUAUGUGGAGUAACUGUUCUGUUUGUUGCAAAGCUUGUACCGGAGACAAAGGGCCGAACACUUGAAGAAAUACAAGCUUCUAUGAAUCAGUCUUCUGUGAAACGAUAAAUGGUGUACGCACUGAUCAUGGUGACAAAUUCCUGGUGACUGUUGUUAAAUAGUAAAAGGGCUAUCUAAAAUCUUGGUGACCCCUAUUCAAGUACAACAUGGCUCUAUCAAUAUUCAGCUAUCUCUAUUACAACUGUAGCAUGUAAUCCUUUGUGGCAGAUGUACUUGGUCCAAUGUAUUUCACCUGUUUAUGUUUUAACUUGUAACUUGUUAUCGUAGUAGGGCAGUGUAGAAAGUGGGGGAAUAGAAGAGUUUUAUGUUGCCAUAUCAAUUCAAACUA